AGCUGCUUCUACGCUCCAGCGACCUGAAAAGCCGAUUUGAGUCUGCCAGUGCACCCUUCUUGUCGCCAUGUGUGUGGCAGGGGGGAGCGUCAAGCAUCGCACCAUCAGUCAGGGCACACAAUGACUCAUCGCAGGUGGGCAGAUCUGGCACAGUAAUGACGGUGAAGGGGAGAUCAAAGCAUCCGUUGCGUUAUCUCUCUCAUUCAGAUGUUGGCUUGAGGGCACGACAGAGGAGAGGAUAGGAGGCAGUGAGAUUCGGUACACGUCAGCGCAGAAGAGGUGCGGGACGCCAACCCUUACGCACUCGUCUUCGGACAGCACAGAGAGAGCACAGAGAGAGCACCAAUCCGUGGUGAGGUUCGGGACCUGCACCGGGAGGCUCAGCGGGCGUGGGAGCGUCGUGAAGCGGCGGAUUCAGAGGAAAUGAAGACUUGUUCCGGCAGGUGCUGAAGAGGUUGAUUCAGCGGAAUGACAUCGACGUCAUGAGCGUCUCCAUGCCCAUGGGCGGCGGCUGCCACUUCCUCCCCGUCGCCAUGGACGUGCUGACUGACCACGCCCACUCAUCCAGGACGUGCUGACUGACCACGCCCACUCAUCCAGCAGAAUCCGUCCCCCACUGCACAGCCAUCCCCCCCCCUUCACCCUAAGCCGAGGCGAUAGAUACGUACUGGUGGGUUUAUACCCUGUGGCAAACAUUCGUACUCGAGGAACGCUUCUGGUCAAGUCGCUCCCUUUCUGCGGGUACACAUUGAGCAAUCUCCCGUCUCACCCCCUGGAGUGUGCCUCUCUGUGCGUCGUCAGGUGCUUCUGCUGGUGGUGGUGGUGCUUGCUUGACGCGUGAGUAAGAAGAGAAUCGUCCUGUCUAUCCCUUUCCUCAAUACAUUUGCCCUUCCUUUCCAUUCUCAGGUGACAGAAGCUCCUCUUGUGCUGUGGGGUGGUCGCGAGUGACAUACACACACACCCCUCACAUAGAUCUGGCUCACUGACUAUCAAUUACAUCAGCACGGCUGCACGAGGACACACAUGGAUGGAUGGAUGGAUGGAUGGAUGCUCAUGAACACCCCGUUUUGCUGGUGGCGUAGAUUUUCCUUGCGCCUGUCGUGCGGUCACACGGUCACGGACGCUGCAUUGCAAUGGAGCACCUGAUUCGGAACGGUCAAAAGGUCAAACCGAAGCAAUGGCCGUGCAUAGGGACUCUCUCGGGGCCGGCUGUCGUCAUGUCUUUAGCCGAUCUCUGUGUGCUCAAGACACAUCGCAUGCCGCUCACUCUGUCGACAGACCAGCAGCUGAUAUAUGACGGAAUGGCUGGCUUGGCUGAUGCGUGCUGAAGAGUUCCAUGACUCUGACGCAUGAGUCAUUCGGGUUAUGGCUUCGUCUUUUUGUUCGUGCGUCUCUCUGCUCUGUGUAACAAUCCCUCCCUUCCUCCCUCCCUCCCUCCCUCCCUCCCUCGCCCUCUCCCUCUCCCUCUCUGUCUGUCUGUGUGUCUGUCUGGGUAGAUAUCCGCCCGUCCUCAUGGCUGGCUGCCUGUGGGUGUGGCUGGGUCAUCUUGUGUGCUGGCCCUUUUUGAUGUGAUGCUUUUCGGCCGGUGUGUGAGUGUGUCUGGUGGAGUGCGUCUGUGUGUGUGUGUGUGUGUGUGUGUGCCGUGACGGACCGGUGCAUUCGUCUGUCAGACUCAUUCAACGGGAAGUCACUCACUCACCACUCAUGCAGGCCAGGCGGCCACUCACAAUGACACAAUGUGAAGCGUCUGUG